AUGUUUGAGGCCUUUGGCAGAUGGCCAAGCAGACAGGCGGCUUGUGCCUCUCUAGAAAGGAUCGACUCAAGGCACGGCCUGUUGAUUCCGUUAGGCUGGAACCUGAUAGGCAAUUCCCAAGUUCGUGAUAGCAACAAGAUGAUCUGGCCGGAGACUCUGAUCAAGAGGCACGCCUUCCUUGAUCCUCGCAUCAACUUAGAGUGA